AAGUUUGGAUUCAAUUUUAUUAGCAUGUCUUCUACGGAACGGCUUAAUAUCUAAUAUGGCAUCAUCCAAAAAUUCGUAUUCGGUAACGCAAUUUUCAACCGGUUGCCCAACUGUCAUUGAAUGCAAUUUGAGUGCAGUUUUUGAGACCGAAACAGCUCCACUAACAAUCGAGUAGCAACCGGUGGAACUAAAGUGAUAUACGAUGAUAAACAAUCGUCGUGUUUAUAAAUCGAAAAAUGAUAAAUACAUUUUGGAUCGUGAUUGUGAAUUUAAAAUUAACUAUGGGACCCAGUUUUGUUGAAAAUUGAACACAAAUUCACCCUAAUUUAGCUAAGGACAGUGUUGGGAUUGGAGGGAGAUCAGAGGAGACAAUUAAUAGAAAGUGGGACGAAUUAGCGAUAUGUCUGAAUACCCAUCGAUCUGGAGCUACACAAAAUGGACAAUGCUGGAGAAGGUCAUUAUUCUGUUGUAUCCCUCUUUUCAUUAGAAGAUUGGAAGAGGAUCAUCCAAUCAACUGGUCCGUGAAGAUGACAAAAUCAGCAUUGGCACCAGCAUGGCUUGAUAAUACACCUGUAUGUCUUGCAUCUUAUUUUUGUGCCGUUGAACCAGAGGGAGUCUGCAAGAAAUGGUCUAAAGCUGAAGAUAGGCACAUUGAAAUCAAACACCCUGCAAUUGUUAAGGAGUACAAUGGAGUAAUAGGAAAAUUUUCAAUGCGGAAGAGAACGAAGAACUGGACAGUUCGUACGAUAUUCAAUUUCAUCGCUUUUGCUGUAGCAGCUGGGUGGUUGGAAUAUCGACAAGAUGCCAAUUCUACUGGAUUAGCAAAGAAAAAUACCAUCGAUUACUUGGAUUUCAAGUUGUCUAUAGCCAAAACGCUUGUGCUGAAAACCGAGGAGCUGGACGAAAUGGAAGAUGAAUAA